CAACGUCAUCGUUUCCUUCCCGCAGCUCAUUCACCAUGGAGCACAUUGCAGCACCAAACUCAAUGGCUUGUGUCUUACAUUACCUAUGCACUUGAUCCUUCAUGAUGGCUAGUCCCGCUAAAAAGCGCAAGAGAGAUGAUCCUGAGUCUUCCGUCCAGCGCACCCGGAGUAUAGCGUCAUUCUUCCAGGGCCAAGCAAGCAAGCAGGCCGAAAAGUCCCAGCAAGCAUUGCAAACGCCAGCUGAGACUGAAACACAGGAUGAGCAGACUCUUUCGGACGAGGCUCUUGCCCGCAAGCUACAAGCGGAGUGGGAUCAAGAAAAUGCCACUUCAACAUCGCAGGUCAAUACUCCCACUCUCGAGCCUCCACCGACGCCGGCGCCGGCGCCUCUAAAUCAGGAGCACAUCAAUCAGGAUUUCAAAGCAAAACAAGGCAAGGGGAUACUCUCGCUCCAAUCAUCGUCGGGAACAGAAGACACAGUCUCCCUGGCUAUCCCGUUCGACCAGAGCCCCAUCACCUUCGACGCAGCCGGAUAUGCGCAGGAGUUAAGAAGCCACUGGGUUGCGCAGGGUGGCGACGCUACGUACGCGCUUCUCACCAGAGCCUUCGUUCUUGCGAAUGCAACUACCAGUCGUAUUAAGAUUGUGGAUACGUUGGUUAACUUCCUCCGAGUCUUGAUCGAGGGGGAUCCUUCGAGCGUUCUGCCCGCUGUCUGGCUAGCGACCAAUUCGAUCUCACCGCCCUACGAUGAGAUAGAGCUGGGUCUCGGCGGGUCUUCGAUUUCCAAAGCUCUCAAGAAGGUGUAUGGUCUCAAUAACCAGGGACUUAAAUCCUUAUACGACAAGCACGGCGAUGCGGGUGAUGUGGCUUUCGAGGCUAAGAAGAGGCAGAGCUUCACCUUGAUGAAGCCCAAGCCACUAAAGAUCAAGGGUGUAUACCAGAGUCUGAAGAAGAUAGCUCUGAGUAAGGGGGGCGGAAGCCAAGAGGCCAAGCAGAGGAUUGUCGAGAAGUUGCUGCAGGAUGCUCGUGGUGCAGAGGAGAGUCGAUACAUAGUCAGGACCCUCGUGCAGAACCUGCGUAUAGGAGCUGUCAAAACCACAAUGCUCAUCGCGCUUGCCCGGGCCUUUCUAUAUUCAAAACCAGAUGGUGCUGAAUUUGCUGUACAUUCUCAGCAGGAUCUGGCGCGGUUUAAGAAAGAAGAGCUCGCAGAAGUUUACAGUAAUGCAGAGGAAAUCGUCAAGGCUUCGUAUGCACGACACCCGAACUAUGACGACCUCGUUCCAUGUUUAUUGGAGAGCGGUGUGACAGAGGAGCUUCUCGUACGCUGCGGCUUGCAAUUACACAUUCCACUCAGACCGAUGCUGGGGAGCAUCACACGCGACCUAUCAGACAUGUUGACCAAAUUACAAGGACGAGACUUCGUUUGUGAAUACAAAUACGACGGACAACGUGCCCAGGUCCAUUGCGAUGUGGCGGGCAAGGUGUCCAUCUUCUCACGCCAUCUAGAGAACAUGACCGAGAAAUACCCGGAUCUCGUGUCUCUCGUGCCCGAGAUUCGAGGCGAAGGGGUGUCCAGCUUCAUCCUAGAGGGGGAGGUGGUUGCAGUCGAUCAGGAAACGGGAGAUCUCCAGGCCUUCCAGAUCCUUACCAAUCGCGCGAAGAAGAACGUAGAUAUAGGAUCCAUUAAAGUGAACGUCUGCUUGUUCGCUUUUGACCUGAUGUACUUGAACGGACAACCAUUGCUCGACCGCUCAUUCCGUGAGCGUAGAGAACUACUGCGCAGUCUUUUUGUUGAAAUACCCAAACGAUUCACCUGGGUCAAGAGUCUAGACGCUACGUCCGCUGAUUCCGAGGCCGUGCUCGAAUUCUUCAAAGGCGCCACCGACAUCAAAUGCGAGGGAAUCAUGGUGAAAGUGCUCGACAACGUACCCAAGGGCGAACUCGAGCCCUCAAAUGGCGCGCCAACCGAUACCGCCACAAGCGUACCGGAUAACAAACCCGACCCCAACCCCUCAACAUCCAAAGGAAGCCGACGCAAAGCCCUCCUAUCGACCUACGAGCCUGACAAACGCCUGGAGUCCUGGCUCAAGGUCAAGAAGGACUACAGCACGUCCUCGGAGACGCUGGACCUGAUCCCAGUGGCCGGGUGGCAUGGCCAAGGGCGCAAGGCCAAAUGGUGGUCGCCGAUCCUGCUGGCCGUGCGCAACCCGGAGACGGGCAGCCUGGAGGCCGUGACGAAAUGCAUGUCCGGCUUCACCGACAAGUUCUACCAAGCGAACAAGGACAAAUACGCCGAGGGGACGGCGAACGUGAUCUCGCGGCCCAGCUACGUCGACUACUACGGCGCGCCCGACGUCUGGUUCGAGCCGCAGGAGGUCUGGGAGAUGGCGUUCGCGGACAUCACCCUCAGCCCGACGUACCCGGCCGCCAUCGGCCUGGUGAGCGAGGAGCGCGGCCUCAGCCUGCGGUUCCCACGGUUCCUGAAGGUGCGCGAGGAUAAGUCGAUCGACGAGGCGACCACCUCGGAUUACUUGGCUUAUCUCUGGCGGAAGCAGUCCGAGAAGAGCAAUUUGGAGGGCGAACCGUCGGCGCCGGUGGACGAUGCUGAAGAGAAAUAGAUAUUUUGCCUUGGAGUUGUAUACCGUACAUUGAAGUAGUACAUAACAGGGCGAUCGGCCAAUGGGUCUCCCGCCCAGCUCUUAACGCGCGCUAAAGGCUUUUGCUGGCAAAUGACGCAACUCAAUUCACAACGCGUCCGACAACAUCCACUUGCUAGCCGGCGCAUAAAGAUAGCAUACUGAUCAGAUCAGAUGCUAUUCGAUAAUGUUCCUCAUGACAGGAGUCUGGAGCUUCUCGGCUAGUCUACGAUUCAAUCGGACACACAAGACAGUAGCGGUCGGGGCCUCCUCGUUCCGUUCCCCUAGAGUCAUAUUGCCUUCGUUGUGGGAUACCAUUACAUCUU